AUGUUCCACGUAUUCAAUUUCUUGACUUUUCUUUUGCUUGUGUGCGUGCAAGCCCUCCCAGUGACGGUCAUCUCGCUGGACGAGCGGUCACACUUAGAUGGUGAUCCACCCGUCACCCACAAAGUCUCGUUUGAAAUCACCUCCUUUUUCACAAACACAGACUCAAACGAGUUGGAAACUUCUUCUCAAGGAAAGUUGGUGCUUGGGCUUUUCGGUACGGUGGCCCCCAAAACCGUCAAUAAUUUCGUCGGUCUCAGCAAUAUGACAUAUGGUUACGGCUAUUUGAACUCCAAGUUUCAUAGAAUCAUUGAGGAUUUUAUGGUCCAGGGUGGUGAUUAUGAAAGAAGUGAUGGAACCGGCGGUAAGAGCAUUUACGGCGGCCAGUUCGAUGAUGAGACUUUCCAGAUUCACCACGACAAGGUUGGCCGCCUCAGCAUGGCCAAUGCUGGUCCUAACACCAACGGCGGCCAGUUUUUCAUCACCACCGCAAACGCAUGUGAAUGGCUUAACGGACACCACGUAGUUUUUGGCCAGCUCAUCGGUGGCUUCGACGUGUUACAGGUCUUGAACACCGCACAGGCUGAUAGGUCGAAACCCAUCAAGGACUGGAAAAUCACCAACAUUGAGGUGGUUACAAUUCACGAUACGGGGGUAAUUGUUCAGACCGAGGAAAAUCCUGUUCUUGAAACCCCCGAGGUGGUUGAGUACAUUGGGGACACGUCCAACUACAACUUCCUUGUGGUGUUCUUGGUGAUUUUGUUGGUGGUGGUGGUGAUGAAGAGGCUUUAUUUCAGACGUCAGUAUGUCAUCGACAUCAAAGACUCAAAUUAUUUUUAG